CUUUGCCCAAUACUUCGAGUCUGCGCCUCCGCUUUUCUUGGAGUCAUUGCUCUUUCUCCCUGCAUGCUGGACACAUGUACUUAUGAUAAGUAAACAGACGGACACGGUGAUUGAGCAAGCACAGUCUGCACGUUAUCUGAAUGGCGACUGAUUCUAGGUAGAUUCUAGGUAGAAAGAGCGGACACUCAGAGAACGAGCCGCGGAGUCUUCCCGGGGGAAGUGGCGGGAAUUUCAAACGACCAUCUUUUGCCACGUGGACCUCAAGAGGCUGCCCUUCAACGUCAGGGACCGUCAGGGACCGUGAAUUUUUCGAGUCGAUCUGGAUUCUGGUAUCCUUUUAAUUACUUGCACCUGGGGGGAGAGCUAAAAGAUUGUAAGACAACCAUCAUGGCCAGUAGCUAUUUGACCUUGCGUGUCCUUUCAAGACAGAUGCCUUUCUUUGGGAAGCUGCAGAGAUGUGUCCUCUCUUCUUGGUCAUCAAAUUACCACACAGCUGUUUCUGCAAGUCACAUUCAUCAUUCUACAGUAGGAAAAAGUAGGAUGUUUGCCACAUGUAGUACAAGUUAUCCACUUUUUAUGGACAGAAGAAUUUUAUCCAUGUUCCACAAAGUUGGGAAACUAAAAUGUAUAUAUUGCACAACCAGCACCUUUUGCCUCACAUUUCAGUAGCACCAGUGCAAGCUACAGUGACACUGAACCUGCAGUUAUUACUUUGAUAGAAACUGAAGAUGACUUGGAAACAUUUCUCAGCCAAGUUAGGUCUGUACUGAACUUAGCAGAACCUUCAAAAACAUAUGUAAUAUCCGUGCAGAAUCUCAGACCCCUUGUUCAAAAGCUGGUCCAUCUGGAUUGUGAUUGUAGAAGCAUUCUUGCAAUGCUAGUAGCUAAUCCUGGUAUCCUGUCUGUGAAGAUGGACAAACUACUUAGUGACAUCGACCACCUUCACUUGUUGGGAUUGAACUGGAGACGGUUGAUGAAGGCCCUUGAUGGAAAUGCAUCUCUGUGGAAGGCAUCACUUCAGCAGCUACAGAGCAGGGUCAAGAAGCUGAGGAAGCUAGGCUUUGUGGAAGGACAACUGCAGAAGUUGAUUGCAGAUUGGCCAUAGAUACUGACCAUAUGUAGUGCUCAGUUGAAUGCAGUUAAGUUGCUGAUGGAGAAGUGCAGAUUUCCCAUAGCAGAAGUCUUGACCAUAUUAUCUGACAGUCCAGCAAUCCUGAAAGAAGACCUGGAGAGUAUCGAGCUUCGUUUCCAGUAUAGCUACUUCAGGAUGGGUAUCCAGAACAACUCAGACAUGACUCAAGCCAAGAUCUUCAAAUACUCCCUUGAUCACCUACGAUGCAGGCAUCUUAUCCUGGAGAGGCUUGGUCUGUAUGCUGCACCCAACAACAGAGGGCACUUUGCUAUGAAGAAUCCUAGUUUGUCAAGGCUCAUUGAAGGUUCACAGAGAAGGUGGCUAAGACCAGCGUGGAAGAGUAUGUAACAUUUACCAAGAUGCUCCUAGAGGAUAUUAGGUCAGUAGCCUUGGAUUAUGUUUUAACAAAUUAAUAUGAGAAUAAAUGAAUCAAUUUUUGUUAUUUGUUCAUGAUUCUUACUCAAUAUUCACUUCAAAAUGCUGAUUAUAUUCAGAGGAUUU